ACACGCACUCUCCGUGACGACACACACGAAAAAAGAAAUUUUACCAGCUGUUUAUCGAGUUCUUCUUUUUUUUUCCUUUCCUUUCUCAUCUCUUUACAAUAGAUUCGAUCUGCGGUAGAAAAGAAUGAUGAAUGCGUGGCCAUUCUGUUGAAUUGUUAUUGCAUUAAAUGUUCAACGUUCGAUAAUGACAAAAUAUCGUCACUGUUCGGAUAAACUGAUUUAAAUUUGGUGUGUGCUUCUAACGCGGUAGAGUAUAAACAAAAAAGGAAAAUGUUUUCGGCUCUCAAGAAGUUGACGUCUAAGGCUGAAGCGCCUUCGACAUCAACACCCGCUGGUACUCCGAUGUCUGAAUCUUUGCAGAAGAAAUUCUCCAAAGGAGUUCAGUACAACAUGAAAAUCAUUGUCAAAGGCGAUAGAAAUGUGGGUAAAAGCUGUUUGCUUGAACGACUUCAGGGGAAAGGUUUCAUUGAAACAUACACGCCCACCGAAGAGAUUCAAGUGGCUUCAAUACAAUGGUCGUUCAAAGCAACGGAAGACAUUGUGAAGGUUGAAGUGUGGGAUGUGGUCGAUCGCGGUAAGGCUAGAGCAAGGCAAAGUGGUUUGAAGCUCAGCACCGGACCCAAUUUGCAAGAAAUACCAGCAUUGGACGCAGAAUUUCUCGAUGUCUACAAGUGUACGCAUGGUGUUGUGAUGAUGUUCGACCAGACGAAAGCGUGGACCUUUGAGUACGUUUGUCGUGAAUUGUCGAAAGUUCCCCAAGACAUUCCAGUUCUUAUAUUAGGCAAUCACUGUGAUAUGGGUCAUCAUCGUGUCGUAACGCCUGGUCAGGUUGUUGGACUGAUUGAAAGUUUUCCGAAUCGACCCGCACAAGUAAUGUAUGGUGAAAGUUCAAUGAGAAAUGGCUUUGGCUUGCGUUUGCUGCAUAAAUUUCUGGGUCUCCCAUUUCUUAGUCUGCAGAAAGACACUCUGCUGUCACUGUUGCAAAGGAAUCAACGUGAAACAGAAGUGUGUGGUGUGGAACUACAAGAAUACUUGAAAUCCGAAGCAGCAGAUUAUGACAAAUUUAUCGACAAUCUAAGCAAUCGACGAAGACAGAUCGCCGAUUCCAAUCCAAAAACGUUGGUUCCACAAAUGGUCCACUCUGCCAGCACAUCAUCGAUACAAUCAAAUUCAACGGUGCCCGAAUACAGACCGAUGAAAAGCAUAAUCGUUGGCGGUGGACAACCAAUAGUUGUACCCGGUCAAAAUAACAGCACAUUGCCCAACAACCGUUUAAAAUCAUCCCUAUCGUCUGAUGGUGUCUCCUCCGCCGGCGGCUUCAUAGCUUCCAUAUUCAACAAAAUUGAAGUGAGUGAUGCAAUACCCGUACAUGGCAAUAAUAUUGUCGAGGCGAAGGUGGCCAGCGUGGAAGAGUUUUGUCCAGACGGAGGUGUUUUAGAUAAAAGUUUCCUCGACGAUCUACCGAGUCAAUCGAAUAGUCAAUUAGUUAAGAAUGAGGAUGUGGAUUCCGACAGUGACAAUGAAAAUGGCAAUCCACUGGUGGCAAAUUUCAACGACGAACCCAGCGCCGAACAAUCAUUUUCCAAUGUGAAGCCACAAUCAUCUGUUGAGCAGGUGAAAGUAAAUCCGUUAGCUAAAAACAAAUCGAAAUUAUCAGCACAAGAGUCUGUGCAACAAAUAAAAAUGAAUUUAUUCGGCGAACGACGACAAAGUUCCAUAUCGAGCGAUGAGAUCGACGUUCCCACGGUUAUGAAAAUAGCCGACAGUGCUGGAUCGAAUGAUGAGUUUGAUAGUUGGAUGAAUGGGACGGCUGAUCGGCGACGAUCGCCCGAAGGUGUUGAAGAUAAUUCCAGUUCGGUUACAGGCCCGGAACCGAUGGAUAAGAUGGUGGAUGAUGAUAAGAGCGAAAAGAGACACAAGAGCAAGAAAAAGAAAGAGAAAAAGGACAGGUCAACGAAAGAACCACGAAAAGAGAAGAAAAAGAAACACAAAUCCAAGGAUGACAAUUUAGAAGACUUUUUAUCCGGUUCGGCCGCCCAUGCAAAUGACGACAAUUACGAAGCCAUUUAGCCAUUUAGCAUGGAACAUGUUUUUGAAAUUCUUGUUGUUCGUAGAUUGAUUGUGUUUCAUUAUUUGCUUCAAUAAUCGUUAAAAAUAUACAAAAACUGAAAUUAUUAUAAACGCUAAAUGCCCAGUCUAGUGUUGUAUGAGUUGAUCGCUAUCCCAUUUCUAAUAAUUUUUUAUUUUUUAUAAUUUUUUUUUUAGAAUUUUUCAAUUAUAAUUUUGUUAAAAUUGA